CAAACUUUGUUACUUUUCAGUUAUAAUAUAAUAAAAACGACUAAAAUUGAAAUUACACGAUAAAUAGAUUUUAUUUAGUGAUCACACCAAAUCUUUAUACUGAAGGUACCUAAACAUAAAGCAAAAUGGGGACAAUCUUGGGGUCAUUCCUUACGAAAGAGAUCGGUUUGGACAUGAAUGAUAAGCCAUCCUUCCCCCCGGCCAAAGGAUUUAACAUCAAAAGGGGGCAACGCGUGAUGUUAGCGUGCGAGGACGACCUCAAAUCCGCCAGGAUACCACUCAAACACCGGGACUAUUGUGCCCAUCUCCUCAUCAAAUACCACAUGUGUCGCUACAAGAACAUGCCCUUCUUGCUAAAGUGUGCCCAUGAGAAACACGCUUACCUCAACUGCGAGAAAGACGACUAUGUCUUAAGAUUGAAGGAAUUUGAGAGGGAAAAGCGCUUACGCGAGCGGGAAAUACGGAUAAAGAAAGCAAAAGGAUAACGGAACAAAAUUCUCUUAAUGUGGAGUAUAGAUAGAGUGGAGAGUAAAUAAAUUAUUUAAAGAGCUAUCUUAAAACAUUUAUUUCAUUUUAUUUGGUCCUAUAGCCGAUAUAUACUUUGGAUUGAUUAUAUUUUUUCUCCAUAACAGUGUAAGGAAAUAAGUAUAAUAAAAGCAAUAAAGCAACGUCUUAAGCAUUGAUUCUAAAUAAGUACCUAUUUUCAUAUACUUUGGUAAGCCUAGUCUAUGAACAUAGGCAAGCUCGUCGUGAGACCAAUUAACCUAAACAGUCACGUGAAUCAUCAGUUAUCUUUGGUAGUAUUCUUAGGCCGUCUACAAUCGCUAAUGCCUAGUAUCUACUAUAGUAUAAUACUAAUAUGAUAUUUGUUUUACAACUAAAAAUUACAAAUUUUUUG